AUGGCACCAUCACCAGCAACAGCAGACAACAGCAUCAUCGACGCCUGGACCAGCGUACUGUUGAUCCUCGGCGUGGCAACGAUCCUGGGCGUCAACGCGGUGCUCCUGCACGCCACCAACCGCAGGGCGAACGGCCGGUUCGUUCGGCCCCUGCUGAGGAUUGCGACUGGGAGACCCAGGGCGAGAUCGGCCUCUCUCACCACUGAGCUGCCUUUGGCCGGCGCCGUUGAGAACAACAGCACGGCAAUGACUUCUCCGAUGCCGCCUCCUGCCACCCGCGCUGACAGCGAGGUUUGGCAAGCGGCUCGCACGUGGGUCAAUUGGGACCCGAACGAGUGGACACGAGCGAUCGUGCAGGGCUGGAUUGAAAACGGCGACUUGGAUUCGGCACGAAGGGGUUUGAUGGGAAAGCGGUUGGCGUUCGGAACAUCCGGGUUGCGGGGCGUGAUGGGUCCUGGGUUCUGCCGAAUCAACGAUCUCGUCGUCAUUCAGACGUCGCAAGGGCUCUGCCGCUACCUCGAGAAGGAAGGCGGUGAGGAGUUCAAGUCCAGAGGCGUCGUCAUCGGACGGGACCACCGGCAACAGGGCGGCUUGUCGUCGGCAGGGUUUGCAAACCUUGCCGCGUCGGUGUUCAUCUCGAGGGGGUUCCGUGUGUUCCUCAUGGACGGGACCGUGGCCACGCCUCUCGUGGCCUUCGGGGUUUCCCAAACCAAGGCGUGUGCGGGCGUGAUGGUGACGGCCUCGCACAACCCCAAGAAGGACAACGGCUACAAGGUGUACUGGGGAAACGGGAGCCAGAUCAUCCCGCCGCAUGACGCCGGGAUAGCGGCCAGCAUCGCCAGAAACCUGGAGCCCUGGCAGUUGUAUGACCCUGAGAGCGCUAUCGCCGGGCCGCUGUGCUCCGAUCCUACCGAACACAUCGUGGAAGAAUACUUUCGAGGCAUCGCCAAAGGACUCUGUCGGAGACCGGAGGCCAACGCCCGUUCCGGCCUCGAGGUGGUGUACUCUGCCAUGCACGGGGUGGGCGACAGCUGGGCUCAGCGCGCCUUCAGCUGCUUCUCGCUGCCGCCGUACGUGUCUGUGAGGUGCCAGAGCGAGCCGGACCCGGAGUUCCCCACGGUGGCGUUUCCCAACCCUGAGGAGCAGGGGGCACUGAAGGAGGCCAUGCUUCUGGCUGAGGAGAGAGGAAUAGAUGGUGCAUUCAACAGUUUCGUGUGUGCAAAGUUGUGGCAGGCACGUCAAGAGAGCGCACAUUUAUUGGCGGUGAAUUCAACUGGUGAUCUUUCUCGAGAACGACUACGCACGUGGUCACUUUGA